CUGUGGCUUUUGCUAGCUGCAUGCGUGCGUUGCUUUGGCUGGCUUCUUCCCUCCAUUUCGAAUUUCAAACUCCCAGCGCUUUCCGUUCCGUUACCCAACGCUCUCCUCCUCUCCCAGGCUCCCACUGCAAAGCCACACCGGGCGGCGCUCUCGCACGCGCAACGCACACACCAGUCUGUCUCUUGGCACUUCCUCUCUUCUCUUCUCUUCAAUCCGCUACCACCGCGCGUGCACCCCCUGGUCUUGGUCUCCUUCUUGUUCUCUGUUCUUGGCGCACAGCUCCUUCGCUCUGCUCGCUGUGGCGUCCCAUUUCUCUCCGGCUGCUGCUGCUGCCCGUGGUAUUGGCGGAAGCAGGGAGGAGGACAUGGGAGGGUCCGGGAAGUGGGUCAAGUCCCUCAUAGGGCUCAAGAAGCCGGAUAGGGAGGAUUGCAAGAACAAGCUGCAACUCCCAUCUAUCCAUGGAGCAGCGGGCAAGGGCCGGAAGUGGAAGCUGUGGAGGAGCUCCUCCGGCGACCACGGCUCCCUGUGGCGCGGCUCCAAGGGCGGCAGCCACCGGUCCGCCGCGGCGUCCGAGGCCUCCGACGACGCCUCCUCGCUGGCCGCCGCCGCCGCCGACAUGUUCUCCGCCGCACUAGCCACCGUCGCCCGCGCGCCGGCCAAGGACUUCAUGGCCGUCCGCCAGGAGUGGGCCUGCAUCCGCAUCCAGACCGCCUUCCGCGGAUUCCUGGCGAGGAGAGCUCUCCGGGCGCUCAAGGGGCUGGUGCGGCUGCAGGCCAUCGUGCGCGGCCGCCAGGUGCGGAAGCAGGCGGCCGUGACGCUCCGGUGCAUGCAGGCGCUCGUCCGAGUGCAGGCGCGCAUCCGGGCGCGCCGCGUGCGCAUGUCCACCGAGGGACAGGCCGUGCAGAAGCUCAUCCAGGCACGCCGCACCAAGCUCGACAUCCUCAGGGAAGCAGAGGAAGGAUGGUGUGACAGCCAGGGCACACUGGAGGAAGUGAGGGUGAAGCUGCAGAAGCGCCAGGAAGGAGCAAUCAAGCGCGAGCGGGCUAUCGCCUACGUGUACUCGCAUCACAUCGAGGGCGUCCCCAAGUGCAAUCAACCGAAGAACAGCAAUGGUCGGUCCAACCAGUCGGGUCUCCUGCUCAAGCACCAGCACUGCGACAAGAACAACGGCAGCUGGAGCUGGCUGGAGAGGUGGAUGGCGGCGAGGCCGUGGGAGAACAGAUUGAUGGAGGAGCACAACCAGACCAACACCACCAGCUCGCCGGACCUUGUGCCCUCCAAGAAAUGCGAGGAUUCCUUCGGUGCUCUAGGGGACUUCUCUGAACCAAAUUCAGUGAAGGUGAGGAAGAACAAUGUGAGCAAAAGGAUCAGCGCGAAACCGCCUGGAGCAACACACCAUCAGCGGCUCAAGGCUCAGUCCAUAUCGUCUCUGAGCACAGACUUGCACAACGAUGAGAGCUCUGCGUCGUCAUCGUCAUGCUUUGCAUCCACUCCGGUGUCGUUCUCCACCUUGCUCACUCCGGAGAAGACCGAUGGCAGUACCAGGGCAAGGCCAAACUACAUGAGCUUGACGGAGUCCAUCAAGGCGAAGCAAAAGCCUUUCGGAGCCCAGAGAACAACGGUAUCGAAAGCCUUAGAUGAUAGGAAGGCCUUGAGUGUCGACUUGAAGGUUGCGAAGGCGUAAACCUGACAUGUUCGUCGAUCUCCAAGAAGAGAUGAGCCAAUUUUCUAGCUCUCUCUAGGUUGUUUUUGGGUGGGCUGCUGCUCCAUCCUUCGGUGUCUCGGUGCUGCAUUCUUGAGCAGUUUGUGUGUUGCUGGUUUCAUGUUCAACAUCUUGUUGUCAUAGUGCCCCAUCUCAGGGCAGUCCUCAUUGUCAUUGGCAGUGUCUUUGUAAGAUAGUUCUUUGACUGAAAAAAAUGCGUCGAUUUGUUUUUCCGGGUUGUGAAAUAUUACCAGUGUUCUUGGCUUA